GAUCUAUAAAUUGCAAUACAAUUGAGAUAUGUACGUAGUAACAAUAGAAACAAAAAAUGAUUAUGAUAUUUCUACUUCUCUUAAUAACCUUUCCUCUUGUACUCAAUUUCCUAGCCAAAAAGGGUACGAAAAAUUUUAUGCCACCAGGUCCUUUAGGGCUACCUUUUAUUGGAAAUUUGCAUCAAUUUGAUAGUAUAACCCCUCAUAUUUAUUUUUGGAAACUUUCCAAGAAAUAUGGGAAAAUAUUUUCACUCAGAAUUGGUUCUACUACUAUGGUAGUAAUUUGUUCAGCAAAAUUAGCAGAAGAGGUAACAAAAACACAAGAUUUAGCAUUUUGUAGUAGACCCCCUUUUCUUAGCCAACAAAAAAUAUCUUACAAUGGUCAUGAUAUGGCCUUUGCACCUUAUAAUGACAAUUGGAGAGAACUGAGAAAAGUUUGUGUUGUUCAUUUGUUAAGUCUCAAGAAAGUGCACUCUUUUAGUUCGAUUCGUGAAGAUGAAGUGUCAAGAAUGAUCAAGAAAAUAUCUACACAAGCUUCAACUUCACAAGUUACAAAUUUGAGCAAUAUUGUUAUGUCAUUAACAAGUACAAUUAUUUGUAGAAUUGCUUUUGGUAUUCGGUAUGAUGAAGAAGCACAUGGAAAGAGGAGAUUCAAAGAACUUUUAGCUGUGACACAAGAGAUGGCAGCAGGAUUCUUUUUCUCUGAUUAUUUUCCUUUAUUUGGUUGGCUUGACAAAUUCUUUGGAAAUAUUAAUAGACUUGAGAAGAAUUUUAAGGAAUUAGAUGAGUUUUACGAAGAACUCAUUGAGCAACAUCUUAAACCAAAUAGGCCAAAAUCCAUGGAAGGAGAUAUUAUUGAUCUUUUGCUUCAAUUGAGGAAAGAACAAUCAACUCCAAUGGAGCUCACUUUAGACAACAUUAAGGGAAUUCUCAUGAAUGUAUUUAUUGGUGGAACAGAAACUAGCGCAACGUUAGUAGUUUGGACGAUGACAGCCUUGAUUAAGAAUCCAAAAAUCAUGAAGAAAGUCCAAGAAGAAAUCAGAAAAUCAAUUGGGAACAAAGGAAUUGUGAAUGAAGAUGAUGUUCAAAACAUGCCUUAUCUUAAAGCAGUAAUAAAAGAGGCAUUUAGAUUAUAUCCACCACUUCCAAUCCUAUUACCAAGAGAAACAAUGCACAAGUCCAUACUAGAAGGCUAUGAAAUUCAACCAAAAACUAUAAUUUAUGUGAACUCAUGGGCCAUUGCAAGGGAUCCUGAAACAUGGGAAAAUCCAGAAGAAUUUAUACCCGAGAGAUUCUUGAAUAGUAAUAUUGAUUUCAAGGGUCAAGACUUUCAGUUGCUUCCUUUUGGAGCAGGCCGAAGAAUUUGCCCAGGUAUUACACUUGGUAUUGCAAUAGUGGAUCUUAUCCUUUCAAAUCUUCUUUAUGCAUUUGAUUGGGAAUUACCUUGUGGGAUGAAGAAAGAAGAUGUUGACACAGAUGUUUUGCCUGGAAUUGUCAUGCAUAAGAAAAAUAAUCUAUGUCUUGUACCUAAAAAUUAUUUCUAGACUAGCCAAAUCUAUAGUCAUGUACCCAUCCCCUAUGUUUAAUACCUGGUUUGUGACUUUGUGCCCUGUCAGUUUUUAUUGUAAUUUAAAUGUUAUUUGCUAAUAAUAAUUUUUUUCAGCUA